AAAAGAGUGACUUGAGUUCUGGAGAAGAGACUCGACCCCAAAAGUCGCCCCCCCAUCCUUCUCUCCAGAGAUGCUGUCUGACCCGCUGAGUUACUCCAGCUUUUUGUGUCUAUCUUCUGGGUUUAUUGUGUCAGUGGGGCGGGCAAGGCCUGCAAGGGGUGACCAGGACUUGAGAGGAGUCGCGGCUCCUCCACCAGAUCUCUCCCACAGCUGGGCACCAGUGAACGUGCACGAAAGCAAACUCAAACCGAUGCACAUUCAUAGCGACGGCGUCGGCACGGGUCUGAUGGAUGCUGCCUGCAGCUUGACAGCGGUUUCCCUUUAAACGGAUGCCUGCCGUGGUUUUGAAAGCUGGCGUGCGGGAGCUGGAGCACAGUCCAGCGCUGCUUCCAGCGACGUCACUCCAGCAACUUGCGAGCGGCUCACAUUCCGGAGCAGGAAGAAAAGGGGGGGGCGAAACACGGCCACCCAUCAAUAAUAUAAUUAAAAAACAAGGCAUUUCCAGCGGACCAUCCAAACCUGCAAGACUAAGCUACUGAAAUUCAAUCAAAUGAUGGACAACUGAUCUCUCCAAGUGGGAGAGAUUGCUAUGAAAUGAGAAUUUGUCUUGCUCAAAAUUGAAGAUUGUUUCUUGUAUAUCCAGGCAUCUACAAUCCUGAUACUGAGAGUAGGUUGGAAGAUCAGUCUAUAAGAAAAAACUACUCAGCACCACUGAAAUUUCUGCUGAACAUUUACCAACAUGAACCGGGCUUUUAGUAGAAAAAAAGAUAAGACUUGGAUGCAUUCACCAGAAGCUCUAACAAAACAUUUUAUACCCUACAACGUAAAGUUUCUUGGCAAUGCUGAAGUUGAACAACCAAAGGGUACUGAAAUCGUGAAGGAUGCUGUUCGCAAACUCAAGUUUGCAAGACAUAUAAAAAAAUCUGAAGGACAGAAGACUCCCAAAGUUGAAUUGCAAAUCUCCAUCUACGGGGUCAAAAUCCUAGACUCCAAAACAAAAGAAGUACUACAUAAUUGCCAAUUGCACAGAAUAUCUUUCUGUGCCGAUGACAAAACUGACAAGAAGAUAUUUACAUUUAUUUGCAAGGAUGCUGAGUCAAAUAAGCAUAUGUGUUACGUAUUUGACAGUGAAAAGUGUGCUGAAGAAAUAACACUGACUAUCGGCCAAGCUUUUGACUUGGCCUACAAGAAAUUUCUCGAAACUGGAGGAAAAGAUGUUGAGACAAGAAAACAGAUUGCCAGUUUACAGAAACGAAUUCAGGAACUGGAAACGGAGAAUAGUGAAUUGAAAAAGAAAGUUCAAGAGCUGGAAAUUAAAGUAAAUGUCAGUCAAACAUCAUCGCCAAGAGUCAUGGCUCCUCAGUCUCCAAGCACGGAUCUAUUUGAUAUGGUCCCAUUCUCACCAGCAUCACCUAUUUUACCAAUACCAUCCAGUAAUGGCACAGAGCUUCCUCCUUUACCUGUUAGAUCAUCGGAGACCAAAAAAGAUAUCUUUGGCGCGGAGCCAUUUGAUCCUUUCAUCUCAGUCGGGGGAGAUUUCCCACCAGACAUUCAGUCCAAACUGGAUGAAAUGCAGGAGGGGUUCAAAAUGGGACUGACUCUAGAAGGCACUGUAUUCUCACUUGAUCCUCUGGAUGACAGAUGCUGACAUUAAGGAACUAAAUAUUUGCACAUUUGGAUUGAAAACAUAGAGUGCCAGUGAAGUGCCAAAAUGCUAUUUGUUUUCCGUACUGUUUCUUAAAAUCUUCUUUAUGCAGAUUAGAAUUUAAUUCUACUUGCAUUGUUUUUUUUUCUUUUACAUUGGAAAAUAUAACAUAGGCAAGUUGUUCAAGAUUAAUGUUAAAACACAAAUCUUUGUUUGGUUUGACAUUUAAUGAACCCCCUUUCUGUUCUUUUAAUUCUACCAUUUAACAAAGAAACGCAUUAAAGUUACAAACAUCAGUGAAUCGAGGGGAUCCAGAUUUCAAAAGAGUUUCUUGAUGAAUAGAUGAUGAACUUGCUUUGUUCCAUCUGUAAUUUUCAGUGGAGGGUUACAUUGUGUAUUUGUAAACUGCAUUAAUCUGAUAUGUUCAAGCAUCAAAUGUUAGACGCAGCAAUGAAGAGGGGUGGGGGAAUAAUAGUGAUGCUUAGGGAUUUGAAUCAGCACCACUAAACAACAUUUUUAUUGGGAAGAAAAACUGCACAUUGUAAAAACCCUGUAUAUUCCCUUUGUACUAUUAUGUUUACCCGUCUUAGAAGAGUGUAUUUUUAUAUGUUCACUUUUCAGUCAUGUGCUGAAAAUAGUAUUAGUAAUUUGAUACAAAGAAACUUCUUUGUGAUUACUUUUGUGUUUUGCCUGGGAGGAGGAUGCAAUAACUGGAUUAUAUGUAGCCCAAACUUUGCUGCUAAGCCAACUAAAUUGUAUUCAAGUUACAUUGCAAUUUGAUGUUGUUUGGGUACCUUGCUGUGAUACAAAUGUAAAUUCUUUGACAGUCUAACUUCAACCUGACUGGUGUUUGAGAGAUUAAUUAUUUGUAUUUGAAUUUUGUACCAGACUGUUGAUAUAACUCCUGUGACAUUUCAUUUGCAAAACUAAACCCCUAAUUUUAACCCUGGUCAUCAAUUUUGGUCAUAUGUUGAAACAAUUUGAGUCACAGUUCACAGACUCCAUUGGUCUCCCACCUAAAACCUAUGGGAAAAGCUGGCUGGUCGGAAGGUGAGAAAGGAUGACAGAGGAAUUAAGGCAUUGCAAGGGAUCUCUUCUUGCUAAUUUAUCCUGGUUGGAAAAAUACAAGAUAUUCCCAUGUAUACAUCAUUGUUAAAAUAGGUAUCAGAGUCUGAUCUACAAUUUGUGAAAGACACUGUUUCAUCAGUAGCAUCAAUAGGGUAGACAGUCCAAUACUGGAGGGCAUAACUACAAGGUGAGAGGGAGAAAAUCUAGUGAAGAUGCGCAAGGCAAGUUUUUAACCAGGGGAGGAGUGGGUGCCUGGAACAUAGAAAUGGGAACACAGUGAAGGCAGAUACAAUACUGGCGUCUAAGAGGCUUUUAGAUAGGCACAUGGAAGUACAGGAAAUAGAGGGAUACGGAUCAUGUACAUGCAGAUGAGAUCAGUUUAACUUGGCAUUGUGUUCAGCACAAACAUUGUGGGCCAAAGGUCCCAUUCUUGUGCUAUACUGUUCUAUGUUCUAUCUGUAGCUGAGAUUCAUGCCUACUCUGAAGACCAGUUUAAUAUUGGAACUUUUGGCCGAAGAGCAGAUUCUCAGCAUAUAAACUCAACUAUUUACGGUCGGCAUGGCCAGCAAAAUUGGAUUUAUUCUUUCAGAGGCAUUUGUAACUUAGACAAAGUAACAUAGACAUAAUGAAAGUCUACUCAUUCUUGUGUGGAUACAUGUGUUGUGUCCGUCAGAGAUUUUGUCUCUGCUCCCAUAUCUCAAGUGCCACAUCAGAUAACAGUUAGAGUCGAGCAGCCUUUGACCCACCUUAUCCAUGCCCACCAAGUAGGCAUACUGGGCUAGUCCUAUUUGCCUGCAUUUGGCCCAUAGUCCUCUAAACACUUUCUAUCCCUUCAGAUGUCUAAAUCCAUUUUAAAAAUAACAAUUCCCGCUUCUAAAAUUUUCUCAGGCAGCUCAUUCCAGCCUUGGAUACUUAAGUCCCACUAUACGAGCUAAUUCAAGAGUUCUCCCGAGUUUCCCCUGAUUGGAACUCGGAGAAUUAAAGUAAUAGCCGCUCGUAGGUACUCGGGGCUCUCGUGGACAUUUUUCAACAUGUUUAUGACAAUGUUGAAAAAUCUUCACAAGUCUUCACGAGCUUACUGCAUUUCCUGAGUACCUGCCGUCAGCAAUACGAGCCGCUAAGAGACGUCCCGAGCUCCAACGUACCCGCUACGUACAUUCUACGUGCUUACAACGAGUUUGAUUUUUUUUUUAAACUCGGGAGACCUCUUGAAUUACCUCGUACAGUGGGACAGGCCCAUUUAGUGUUAAACUGACACUCCUCUGAUUUGGCUGUGGAGCCCAGUCUGAUUGAUGAUCUGCAGUAAUUGGAUUAUUGGAGCAUAAUUUUACUCUCAACCUUUCCUUGAACUCAUACAGAUUUCUUUCUUUAAAUGUGAGGGGUUUUUUUUUUAAAUCGUCUGUAUAUUAAAUCUCACUUGCAUAGUUCAGCCCACAUUUGGAGUGAAUCUUAAUUCUCUGGUUAUUUUGACUAUAUUAUCAAAUCUCAAACAGAUCCUCCACCACCAACCCAAACAAACCACCUACAUGCACACUCAUGCACAUAUAGAUUUCCAUUACCAAUGUAGAUCCAAAGGAGUAAGGACCCAUAUGUCCUUAGCACUAUGCCACAGUGUAAAUUAUGUUAGUGACUAAUUUUGGGUAAUCAUAGGAAGCACCUAGUUCCCCUUCUUCUGGGCAAUUCCUUGGUGAUUUCCAAGUUUAACUAAAGCCAGUUUUUCUCAAGCAUGAAUCAAAUCACACUAACUUUGAACUUUCUGGUACUUAAAAAAUAAAACUAUCACAGAUCACAAUUAAGCAAUAAUUGCAACUUGAUCUCUACAUAUAAUUAUAGUUGUUUAUUAUCCUCCCAGGUUAUUGAUAUAAUCAAAGUAUAGAUCUAAGGUACAUUAUCUUAAGUGUUGUUCUGUAUGUCUAUUUCUUCAACACUAUACAAGAUGUGCAAUGAGGAUGGAUCAUUUAAAUCUGGCAUUCCCGUUAGAUAAUUGAAGUAUUUUUAUGAAUGAUAAUAAAUGUAGCUGUAUGUUUUGCCAGUAUUUCACAUAACCAUCUUUCUUGUUUGCAAUAUGCAUAUAUACGAAGUCUUCCUACUCCUACCUGUCUCUAUAUCAAAAGCUAUUUUUGUCUUAAAGGUUAAUCACAUUGAAUGUCUAAAUGCUUCAAAUCCUAUUUAUCAGCAAGGUCCGUAUAUUUGCCAAUAUUUUUCAUAUGCAGUUUAUAUUUGUGAAGAUGGCAUAAUGUUUCACUGUUUAUGUUAUUAAUUCUUUGAAAAAGCAAGGUGCAUCUCAUGUUAUUCUGUAGUCACAGGUUUUAACCAAAAAUAGCUAAUUUUACGUGUACAAUUUAAAUGCAUAUAAAUGUGCUCUUUUAAACCAUUUCUUGUUCAGGAAUUUAAUUGCAAUUUGGCAGUGAUGAGAUGGAAUAAUAACACUUGUUUAAGUAUCAUUUGACAUAACCUCUUGUGAAUGAAUAAACACAUUUAAUUUUUGAAAAUCUCCAG